AUGAAAUUCCACAGAGGGCAUGGGUUGCUCUGCAUUGAACUCAAAGUAACCCGGGCUAUUAGAAAAGCCACUCUUGCCACCUUUUUGGGAAGAACUUCAUCAACUCUGCUUCAUAUUUGCCCAAAUGCAACUUCACAAUAUUUUCCAACCUAUCAGUCUGAUUCCUACGAUGCCCCUCGUAAACACUACAAUGCUUUCUUACCCAUUAAACCCUUUUCUUCUCUGUACAGCGUUGGUUAUUUGCCCUUCCAGAGUUCCGGCCGUGUCUCCGAUGCUUUCCAGGCAUUCGACAAAAUGUCGCGCAGACAACAAAGCCUUGAAAAUUCACCAUAUCUUUAUGUUCUUGAUCUCAUUAAGUUUUCCACCAUGAGACCUGACUCUGCGACUGCCAUGGCAGCGCAUUCCUUAGCCUUCAAGGUGGGUGCUUUUGCUCACUUACCCACCUCAACCUCUCUGCUAAUGAUCUACUCGAGAGCAGGUGAUUUGGGCUCUUCGAUGGCACUUUUCAGUGAAAUUCUCAAUAAAGAUGUCAUAGCUUGGAAUGCCAUGAUGACUGCUUGCAAUGAGAAUUCUUAUUUUGGAGAUACUGUGAAUUUCUUUGUUGAGAUGAUGAAGGAAAGCAGAUUUGAUUCCAGUACUCUUAAGAUGGCCUCUUGUGGGAAAGACACUGAUCACGUGAGCCUCUCAUGUGCAAUUGCAGCAUCUGCUUGUUUGGGAGAAUUGGUUAUCGGUCAAGUCAUCCAUGGAUGGGGAAUUAAAUUAGGAUAUGAUGAGGGCUCCCAUAUUUCAGUGGCGAAUUCUGUCAUUUCACUACUCUCUCAGUGUGGAGACAUAGAAGCUGCUGAGGCUGUUUUCAGAGGAUUGGUUCACAAGGAUGUGAUUUCAUGGAAUUCGAUAAUUGAUGGGUUUACCUCAAAUAGAAUGAUUCUUAAAGCAUUUGAAGUUCUGUAUGAAAUGGUUUUAUCUGGUUCAAUCAAACCUGAUACUGUGACUUUAGUUACUAUAAUUCCUAUUUGUGCAGAAUUGCUGCUAUUGAGAGAAGGAAGGUCUAUUCAUGGCUUUGCAGUUCGAAAAGGCAUGGGAACAGAUUUGUCAGUCACGAACAGUUUAAUGGAUCUGUACUUGAAGUGCCACAAAGUCAAGGCAGCUGAGCAUUUGUUCAACUCCUUGUCAGAUAGAGACUUGGUCUCGUGGAAUACGGUUAUAUCUGGUUAUUCCCAAAAUGGGCUCUCUAGAGAAGCUCAAUCCCUAUUUAAGGAACUCCUUCACCAGCAUUGGCAGUGCAGCUUGUCAACUCUUUUGGGCAUUCUUUCUUCUUGUAGUUCUCCUGAGUAUCUUCAAUUUGGAAAAUCAAUCCACUGUUGGCAGAUAAAAAUGGGAUUUUUCAACAAUAUUCUUGCUACCAAUUCGCUGAUGUUCAUGUACAUUAGUUGUGGAGAGAUGAAAACUUCUUUGUCAUUGUUGCUGCAGAUUUCUCCAGUUGCAGAUACUGCUUGUUGGAACACUUUGAUUGUGGGCUGUGCACAAAACGGAUAUUUCUGGAAAGCUCUAGAGACUUUCAACUCAAUGAGGAGGGAAUCCAAUGUCUAUCAUGAUUCCAUUACCCUUGUUAAUGUCAUAUCAGCCUGUGGAAAUUUAGGGUUAAUGACUGAAGGAAAAUUACUUCAUGGAAUUUCUUUCAAAACAUUGGAGGGUUCAGACAUCCGCGUGCAGAAUGCUCUAAUCACCAUGUAUGGCAGAUUGGGGGAGACUGAGAGUGCCAAAUUAGUGUUUAGCUCUAGUAAAAACCACAAUUUAUGUUCAUGGAACUGUAUGAUCUCUGCUCUUGCUCAGAAUAAGGAGGGCAAAAGAGCUAUGGAAUUGUUUAGCUGUCUUGACUUCAAACCUAAUGAAAUAACCAUUUCCAGUGUUCUUUCAGCCUGUACUCAACUUGGAAUGCUAAGACUCGGGAAGCAGAUUCAUGCCUACGUGUUCAGAUUUGAGUUCCUGGGAAACUCUUUUAUAUCCGCCGCUCUUGUGGACAUGUACAGCAGUUGUGGGAGAUUAGACAUAGCAGUACAAAUAUUUGAAAAUCUGACCGAGAAAUCCAUCGCUGCUUGGAAUUCCAUGAUUUCUGCUUUUGGGUUUCACAACAAUGGUCAACAAGCAAUCCGGAAUUUUUGGAGAACAGGAAAAGAAUAG